GCCACCUGUCAGUGUCCAUCAGUGCCAUGUGUCAGCACUCAUCCAUGCCACCUGCCAGUGCCCAUCAGUGCCACAUCAAUGCCACAUUUCAGUGCCUACCAGUGCACAUCAAUGCCACAUAUCAGUGCCCAUCUGAGCAGCCUUUCAGUUUCACCCAUCAGUGCCAGUCAGUGCCACCUAUCAAUGCUAGUCAGUGCCACCUAUAAGUGCUGCCAGUCAGUGCCACCUAUCAUUGUGCAUCAGUGCCGCUUAUCAGUGCCUGUCAUCAGUGCCACCUAACAGUGCCAGUCAGUGCUGCCUAUCAGUGCCAGUCAGUGCCGCCU